AUGGAGCAAAUUGAACAAAGAGCCGUCAUCAAGUUCCUCACCAAACAAGGAAAAAGUCCAAAAAUGAUAAUGGAAGAAAUGGAAGCUGUUUACGGAACUCAAUGUCCUUCGAAGACAAUGAUCUACAAGUGGAAUGGACUUUUCAAACAUGGAAGAGAGUCAAUUGAAGAUGACCCCCGCUCCGGACGCCCCGUGGAGGUCACGACGUCGGAUAUCGUCGAAAAAAUCGAAAAACUUGUAGUGGAGGAUGCCAGAUUAAAGAAGAAACAAUUAUCUGCGUUAACUGGCGUAUCCGAAACUACCAUUUUAAGAAUAUUACACGACCAUCUUGGCAUGACAAAAGUAAGCGCAAGAUGGGUGCCAAGAAUGCUCACGCCCGUUCAAAGGAAACAGCGAGUCGACGCGUCAAAGCACUUUUUGGAGCUGUGUGGUGAAGAACCGGCUGCAGUUUUGGACCGAAUUGUUACUGGUGACGAAACUUGGGUGCAUCAUUAUGAACCUGAGUCGAAACAAGAAUCGAUGCAAUGGCAUAAAAAAGGUACGCCACCCCCCAAGAAGUUCAAGGUGUCAGAAUCGGUCGGGAAGAUUAUGGCUACAGUUUUCUGGGACACUGAAGGAAUUUUGUUGAUCGAUUACAAAGAAAAAGGUGUCAACAUAACCGGAACAUACUACGCAUCGCUCCUGCAAAAGUUAAAGGAGGCUAUCAAAGAAAAGAGACGAGGAAAAUGGUCCCGUGGGGUCCUUCUUCUGCACGACAACGCGCCCGUUCACAAGUGCCACACUGCGACGGCUGCCUUAUUCAAUUGUGGAUACGAAUCGCUAAUUCAUCCACCUUACAGUCCAGACCUGGCCCCUAGCGAUUAUUAUUUGUUUCCAAAAUUGAAAAAAGAGCUCAGGGAGAUUAUGUGUGGAGCUGUGGAGUAA